AUGGAUACCAUUAAAAAGUGUUCAUUUCUUAUAAAAGACAUAUUGACCACAACUAAUGACAACAAGAAUUGCAAUAAUAAUAUUAAUAUUAAUAAUGUGAACAAAAAGGAUAACGAAGAUGAAGAUGACUCACAACAUAUGGUUAUCACUGAUAAUGAAGAUCAAGAUAUGGACGAAGAAGAUUUGGACGACAGGGAUGAACAUAGAGAUCAUCUAUCGAUACAUUUGACAGGCAAUGAAACAAAUAGCGAAACAACUAAAACCAAUCGCCAGAAGAAAGCCCGCAGAAGGCGAACGGCAUUCACACAGAUUCAACUCAAUUACUUGGAGCGCAAGUUUCGUCUACAGAAGUAUCUGAGUGUUUCGGACAGAGGACAGGUAGCUCUGACAUUGAAUCUGACGGAAACACAGAUCAAGACUUGGUAUCAGAAUCGACGAACUAAAUGGAAGCGACAAAACAAUAUGCGUUUGGAUGAACUGCGGGCUAAAGUCAUCGACAACAGUACCGAUUCGCCAGAGUCUUCAUCGUUGAUAUUCUCGCCACAGAUGACACCGUUAUGUCCGCCACCGUCGGCUACGGUCACACAGUCAACGCCAACGGCAUUAAGUCCCGGUCCUUAUACUAAUUAUUUUAACUUUAAUCCUAUGCUAACCCUUAACGGAGCUGAUCUCAUGCGGACAGCAUUUGCAGUCAAUCGUUUGCAUCAACACUAGCUUUUCAAACACACAGACAGACACAACAACCCAUUAUAA